AUCAUGUUCAUACUUUGCUUCACUUUAGCAGUGAUUUACUUGGUAUUCGGCAACGCGACGCGGCAAUGGGAAACCGAGUGUACGAGCGUAUGCUUAAGGCAUAACGCUUGGUCUCCAAAUAUCGCAUAUAUCGUAAAACGCGAGCGUACAAGGCGCAUGGCACCCCUAGGGGUGCAAAAGAAGAAGAAGAGAAAGAGCUUGAUACCCAUCAAGAAGAAGCCGAAGCCUAUGCACAUGGGCGGCAGGUCUAAGGUCACUAUCACUCCUGAACAACGGGAGGAGAUUGAGCGUGAGUACCAGGCGCAUAUCGCAAUUACAGACACUCCGGCAUAUGUCGAGAAGUUGGCUUUAAACACCCACGUGGAGGAAUCAUAUCCCUAUCUUACUUUAUUUAGAUCAGAGAAGUUAGAGAAAUCCGAUCUUGUGGGCAUAGAUCUUCCUUUUGGAUUGGUACCGCCGGAACGAUAUGAGCUCUGGAAGCUUUGCGGCAGGGUUUCAGACCCGUUACCGCCAAUAAGCUCCCAGUCGCUCACGCCCAAAAUGUUCACCCAGAGGUUAUUCCGCAAGAGUGAGCAGUUGACACGGGAUGAAUUUUACCACAAUAUUGAUUACAAGCUUCGGUUUCUUGCACCUGGGUAUGGCGAUAUAUUUUUCAUGGAUAAAGUAAGGUGCUGGCGGGCGUGGUACCUCUUUAGGGACUACACCGAAGGUAGAGAGGAUCUACCUACAUAUCGCAGUAUACAUCAAAUUGCGAGGCCGAAGGGCGAGGUGCCUCUGAGCGAGGCCAUGAUAGCUGUCAACUAUGAAGUGCACAGGCAGGGUGUCCAUCCUGCGGUACUGGACAUGUUUUGGGAAUUCUUCACUGACAACCCCAAAUUAGUAAGGCGAGAUGAGGUGGCGGCAAAGCUAAACUGGGUUGUAGAUCGACUGAAGGCGCUUGACCCCGGGGAAGGCAUAUCACCAGACAACUUUUACAAGAUUUUCAUAGGGCCUACAAGGCGUGCACUUGAUAAUUUUGACAAGGACGCCUUCGUAAGGCAGCAACUGUACAACAUCUACAAGAAUGACAUAAAGCAGAAGGUACUCUCAAACAACAAGGCCUUAAGGCAGCGUUACAAAGUACUCACCUCGGCGUACCUAGAGGAGAUAAGGAACUUGUACAGCGUACCGAAACCAGAAUUCUACAAGCGCUACGAACGGGAAAGGCUCAGGGGUUACUUUAAUCUGGCAGCGGAUAUGCAAGAACGCAAGAUGCGACGGAAGGAGCUGACCAAAGAGCAGCGUAUGCAAAUUAAAGAAAGCCUCGCGGCAAAACCAGCCCGAAAGAAGAAGAAGCGUGAGAAGAAGACAUCAAGACGCAACAAGAAGCUUGGACGAGGUGUUAUGAACUAAUAAUAGGACUGUGUUAAGUUCUAGUCCAAAUGUAAACUAAGAUACAGUUACUAGCACCAUCGACAAUGAACACAGUGGUCUGGGCCCAGUUGGUAACAUACCACCUUGCGUUGAGCGCUAUUUGCUGUUGCUAGGCAAUUUAAAACGUACAGAC